AAAAUAAAUUAUUUUGUUUAUUUUUAAAAAUAAUUUAUUCUAAAAUAAAUAAAAAAUCUAGAAAAAGAACCUUUUUGUAAAUUAAAAAAAUAUUAUAGUCCCAACAUUAUUAAUUUACAGAAUUUUUACAAUAGUAUCUACGAUGUAUUUAAACUAUUAAUUAAAAUUUUAAAAACAUUUAUUUAGUCGAGAUCUCUUAUCACAAAUUUGAUGAUCCUAGGAUAAACUUUCUCCAAAUAGUAUUUAUAAAGUCAUAUAAAUAAGAGGACAUUUCAAGAAGUACUAAGACAAAUAAAAAAAUGGGAAGGAAGAAAAUAGAAUUGAAGAAAAUAGAAUGCCCAAAGGAGAAAAGUAGCAAAUACUCAAAACGUAAAAAAGGGCUUUUAAAAAAGGCUGAGGAAAUGGCGGUAUUGUGCGAUAGUGAUAUAAUUCUCCUCGUCUUUUCACCCACCUCCAAGCCAAACCUUUUCUAUCCUCAUUCCAGACCUCUUGGUAGAAUCUUGGAGAGGCUUUCCAAUAUGUCAGAAUAUGAACGUGAAGAGAGGAGAUCCUACACAAAAAAGACGUUGAUGAAGCUGUUCAAGAAUAAAAAUCCCAAUGAAAAUCAUAAUCAUUCUUCUGGAAGAGAUGAAGUCCAGCUUCAAGAAGAUGAUAAGGUAAUUGAACUGGGAGAAGCUAGAGAAUUGCUUGAUGAAAAUACAUCAAUUCUGAGGAACUGGCAAGACCCGCAUAGAGUUGAUGAUUUGGCCCGACUCACAAUAAUGGAAGAUCAUCUAGUUUCUAUUCUUAGCCUGAUCAAAAAGGUUCAAAUUGAACAAGGGUAGCAAAACUCAGAUGUGAUUGCAAAAUGAAAACAUUAUUGUUUACUUAGCCCAUUAAAGAUCAGAAGAAUAAAUUAUAUCUAUAUAUAUAUUUACUAUUAUGUUAAUUAUGUACUUAUCGUAAAACCAACAUACAAAUCGUGCUAUAUAUUAAUGUGUUCUAAGUAAAAAAAUUGAAUUGAAGUGAGUUGUUUUUAUUAAUAUUGAAUGAUUUGUGAAGUAAUUCAACAUGAGAUUUUAAUUGUUUAUUUUUUGAUAAAAAAGAGAUUUUAAUUUGAAGAUCAAGUAAAAUUUGAAAAUAUUUAGAAUUUGUAAAACAAUUUAAUACCAUAAUAUUCCAUAACAUAUAUCACACAAAUACUUACUCCUGUAUAACUGAAGACCAUCAAUCAUAGAACACAAUUGGAAAGGCAUAU